AAUCCAGAGUUCCUGACUGCUUCUGAAGCCGCUGAGAAAUUACGUGAUUUUAAGUUAAGGUGAGUUCCACAAUGUUUUUUCUCUCCUUAAUACUAUUACAGAUAUAGGAUGAUGCCUCAAAGGAUUCGCCCCUCAAAUAUACACCCUCGUUUUUGAGAGGAUUUAAGAAGCCCCGUUUCACCAUGCAUUUAUAAUGGAGAGAAGCAUGUAUACUCAUAUGAUUUAUUAAAGGAACACCGAAUGGUUUUCCGUGCAGGAUCCAUGUACGAGGGAUGUCGCGAGACUUUCGGAAAGCGUAAUAAUACUCGAGCCGGGCAACAUCCCAAGUGCAUGGAUCACGCUAUCCUGCUUGGAAAACCAUUUGGUAAUUGUUUUAUAAAAUAACUACAGUGAAACAAUAACAUUUUGAGAAUCCCGCGAAGGCAUUUUAAUUCCUCGUGCAGGAUAGCCUGAUCCUGCACGGCUAUUGACCAAUCAAAUUGCGUGUUUCACUGUAGUUAUUAUAUAAUAAUUUUUCACGGUAUAAUGGAUACCGUGUUUUCAUUUUUGCAAGUAUGUUAAUGUUGAAUAUGUUUGCUGGAAUUAACAGUACACUGUAUAUGUUUGAAUAAGGUUCUAUAUUAUAUUAUAUCAUUAUAUAGCGUAGAGCCCUUUGGGUAAAUCAAUCGUCUCCAUACCUUCCAACAUGUCUGAUAUAUAGACAAGGCCUGGGUGUCUUUAUAGGCAGCGUUUACACUGUACCGUUUUCGUAGCGUUCUCGUAUUGUUCUUAAUCCUCAAGGGAACGCAAGACAAUAGUCUAGUUCUCUCGAACAAUACGAGAACGCUACGAAAACGGUACAGUGUAAACGCUGCCAUAGAGGAUGUAUGGUACCUGCUAAAUUUAUAUACAGGGUGUCUCAAAUGGAAAUUCACUAACAAGCUGCCGUGCAUCAUAAACGUGGCUAUAAACAAUUCGAUUUUUACAUAGGACGAAAGAACAGUUAUAUAGCUUUUCAACGAUACUCUUUUAAAAUCGCAACGAUGAGAAAUGGCCUGCACAUACUCGCCAAAUAAAAAUUGCCGGUCGAAAUCACAUUCUUCCACCGUUGGGAAUUGCAUAGAAAACGAAACAUAGACAAUUCCCAAGAGGGAAUUAAAAGUGAAUGUUAAAUUAUCUAAAAUGAGCUCAACUCGUCAAUCUUUGUCUUAGUGAGACAAUAAGAACGUCCAUUAAACAUGGUUCAAUUAACCACUGAAAAGAGAACAUUCGUAGUCAAAACGUUUUACGAAACAAAUAGCUUGCAGCAGACUGGCGUUGCUUUUGGAUUGAUUAACUUUGCAUAAUUAAUGUAUUUUCAAUUCCCAACGGUGGAAGAAUUUGAUUUCGACUGGCAAUUUUUAUUUGACGAGUAUCUGACCAUUUCUCAUCGUUACGAUUUAAAAAUUAUAUCAUUGAAAAGCUAAAUAACAGCUCUUUCGUCCUAUGUAAAAAUUGAAUUGUUUAGCCACGUUUAUGAUGCACGACAGCCUGUUGGAUUUCCAUUGCGUUUUGGGGGGUCACCCUGUGCUUUUAAGGUGGCUCCAUACAGUUUCUUGAAAAGUGGAAAGGACGUAUUUCAGACCAAACAUUUUUGCACAUUGAUAUUUUAAUAGAAGAAUGAAACCAGAUGUCUUGUAUAAAACAGUAUUUUGAGAAUCAGAAACUGUAACGGAAAAGUCCGUAACUGUGGUUACUAUGGCAACAAUGACGUUUCAAAAUGGCUGCUAAUUUGCAUUUGAACUAGUUUAAUUCUUCUAGUAUGAGCAAUAAUUUUCAAAAAAUUCUGUGGAUCCAAAAAUUUUUGUCAGGAAUAAACACGUUUUUUCGAUUUGAAAAAUUUUGGAUCUACAGAAUUUUUUUAAGAAUUGUCCUAAUAAUUGCUCAUACUAGAAGAAAACUUUAAAUAAAAGCUGGGGGUCACCGACGUUGUUUUCGAAUUAAACUAGUUCAAAUGUAAAUUAGCAGCCAUUUUGAAACGUGAUUGUUGCCAUAGUAACCACAGUUACGGACUUUUCCGUUACAGUUUCUGAUUCUCAAAAUACUGUUCUAUACAACACAUCUGGUUUCAUUGUUCUAUAAUAAUGUCAAUAUACAAAAUUUUUUGGUCCGAAAUGCGUCUUUUCCACUUUUCAAGAAACUGUAUGGAGCCACCUUAAGCUGAAGCUAUCUUCGGUAAGGCGUGUUAUAAUAUAACCUGCUUCUUGUAUAUUAGACUUCAAUAUGUUGGCCAACGUUGUCAGAUGUAUAUCAAACAACUCAAAAUGGCGUUGAAUGAAAAAUCAGGCAAAAAAGACGAAGAAUAUAAAGUCAAAGUGAUAGCUCUGCGAACAACAUCUAAUAUUCAUACUUUAAUAAAG